GUAUAAUCUCAAUAUCAGCGCGGUCAGGUGGGAAAAACAAACAAAUAAUAACGGAUGUGUGUGUGACAGUCUCCGGCCACCCAUUUCCAACAUGAAACUCGCCGCGAUUGACGUCACCGAGCCAUCUUUGUCCACCUAAUCCAAGGCGGCUGUUUAUUACACCUUCAUUACAGCUCGGACUCCUCACAGUGCCAGGCGCUUGUAAUAGCCUGCCAAAGGUGCCGCAUCAUCCGAAAGGGGGGACAGAAAAAAAACAAAAAAAGAAAGAGAGAGAGGAAGGUUUUAAUAGCGAGGGGACAUAUAUAUAUAUCUCUCACAAGACAGAAUUCCUCCCAGGCUAUAUAGGCAGGGAAACGCCACAAUAACCAACCAAAGGGUGCCAGAGGGUAGAGAGGAGCGAAGGCAAUCCACAUCCAUCUGCCAGACACUUAUCACGCGGUAACAUUUCCAGUCCGGAUUUCAGCACAGCUGUCUAGCCGAUACAACCAGGAAAAUGUCUGCCCCAGCUGGAGCCCCUGCAGCAGAGGGAGGGAAUCAACCUCCCAACCUCACCAGCAACCGUCGUCUGCAGCAGACACAGGCGCAGGUGGAUGAGGUGGUGGAUAUCAUGCGUGUAAACGUGGAUAAGGUUCUGGAGCGUGAUCAGAAGCUGUCAGAACUGGACGAUAGGGCUGACGCCCUGCAGGCUGGAGCCUCUCAGUUUGAGACCAGUGCUGCAAAACUGAAGAAUAAAUACUGGUGGAAGAAUGCCAAGAUGAUGAUUAUCCUGGGUGUGAUAUGCGUGAUUGUCCUCAUCGUCAUUAUUGUGUACUUCAGCACCUAAGAAGAGUUGCUCCUACCCCAGUCUAAUCCCAAUUUCCUUGCUACAGAAAAAAACCCUCAAAUUGAUGACAAAAUUAAUCAUGAGAAAAUAAUUAUUAUAUUCUAUAAUAAAAUAUAAAUAUAUAUAUAUAUAUAUCUCCCCAAUUAGCCUCAAUAUAACACCCCUAAACCCUACAAGGCCCCACGGCUCCCCAACUUCCACCACCUCGCCUCUGGACCCCUGUCAAUAUUUGUCCUGUGAGUGUGUGGCCCUGUCUCCUUUCUGGGUACUCUUGGCUUUUCUAACCUGCCAUACUGAGAACCAAACACUUGUGACGAUGCAACAACAGAAAAGGAAACAACGAUUGGCGAUAAUUGUUACAUAACUGAUAUAUAUAGUUCUUUGUAGAGUUUUAUUCUGAUAUAUACUGUUUUGUAGGUGUGUGUGCGUGUGUGUGUGCAUUUUGUAUUUUUUAAUUUUUGUAUUAAUUUUACGUAUGCUUCAGCGUUAAAUACUGCCUAUUAAUCAAAGUGUGUAUCUUGCAUGUUAUCAUCAUCUGUCUGUCCCCUCCCCCUCCCCGCUUACUCUCUCUCUUUUUGGUGUAUUUUUGCACAGUGGAGUCCGUCUCCAUUUAACUAACGAAAUACCAGGUGAUUUCCGAGUCCAUCUGUUCUACUCGUGUCCACUAAGACAGCCCAAAAUAAGCCAGAGAGCUGAAACUUGUACGCAAACUAUCAUCAAGUUACAAAAAAUUUGAGUUACUGCAUACACAAAACUGCCCUUGAAAAAUACUUUAGCUCUGUUUUUCUAUAACUUGAUGCCAUCAAAAGCUCAAGUUUUAGCUCCUUCGCUGGCUUUCUGAGAGAGUUAACGCUCACUGAUAUUGAUCAAACAUACAAAUAAUGCAUGAAUUGUUAACCCUUGUUAAAGUAACCAUCAUUUCCAGCCCUUUCCAUCUGAGUGUCAUUUCUCUUGUUCCAUCUCUCUUCUCUAAUAACUUUUAUCUGUAAUGUCUUUAACAUCCUAACCCUCUGCUGUCUCUUAGCAUGCUUGAACGCCUCAAUUUCUUCUGAUAAUUUCAAAACUGCCAUAGUACAGUUGGACCAAUGUCUGUAGAUGUUUAUUUUUUAUUUGAAUAUUACGUAGUGUCUUAUUUCGAAAACAUUCCUUCAUUGCAGUCUAGUGCAAAUGGUCUUACCGUAGCACAUGUAAGUGUAAGUAUCUUUAAAAAAAUAAAAAUAAAAACACGCGCGAUGAAACUUGUGUCGAAAAAAACGCCGGUCAUACAAACCAUAGGAGAAAAUAGUUAUAGUUAAUAGCUGUAAGGGUAAGUUUUGGACAGACGGGUUAGACUUUCUGUCCAAAUGAUUUUCUUUUAUAAUAAUGAUGUUAUCCUAACAUUACACUUACAGUAUACUGUGGAGAUGUCAUUUAUGUCAAACUGUGGAUAUGGGCUUGCAAAACAAUUCUAACGCCAGGUGAUAAAAUAGGGCCGUUGCAUUAAUUGAUCCAUUUCCAUAAAGCAAAGGUUAAUUCUCGCUGGCCCGUUACCUACAUGGACACUGAAAAGCCUUAGUCUUCAGUCACUUCUAUUAGUUACUGUAGAAUAUUUCCAGUCAAACACACCCUCACACUUUUAGUUUGUGUAGGGGGAGUGGCUGACUGCAGAAAAAAAAAAAGGAAUCUGUUUUUAAAAAAUGCACAAACAACCUUGUUUUUGAUGGCGCUGUCUGGCUGGUCAAUAGCCUGGCCAACGGAGAUCCUCGUGCAGCAAAAUCUCUCCACAUGAAGAGCACAUGAAAAAAAAAAGAAUGACAAUUCAGCCUUAUUUUUGCAAAAUCAAGGAACAGGGACAGAGGCUAAUGAGGAAAUAUGUCGACAUUCACAGUUGAGUUUUUAGUUCAGCAGCUUUGGGUGCGGGAGGCUCGUAAAAAUUUACAGUCAAAGGUUUGUGACAAGAGAAAAGCAAUUAUUCAAACACUAGAUGCGCUCGUUUGAAGAGUGUUUUGCUAGCGCAGUGGUUCUGUCUCAGUGUUUCUCCCUAUAGUUAAGGCCUUUUUUUUUCUUUUUUAAAUAUAAUAGAUUCUAUUUUUUAUUAUAGUAUAUUUUUGUGUGAAACAGACAGGUAAAGAGGAAGUGUGCAAUCAGUACUAUUUGCUGUCAACAGCAGCAAGCUCCUCUUUACCUCUGUCUGGUGUGUUUUUUGUAAUUCAGCUCCGUGCGUUAUACACUGCCAAGCAACAAGGGAAAGGCUUCUAUUGCUAUUUCUUUCAUUGGUGCCCUCGCUGGUCUGGUCUUAAACAAUUCUUUUACAUUGUUUCCUGUGCAUACUACCCUAUUUUGGCUACUUUAUGAGCAAGAGAGCAGGGCAAUGUGAUGCACUUCUAAAACUAAGGCCUUGUACACAUAAACAGGAGAUGACAUGAACCCAAAAUUCCUUAAAAACGGUGGAAUUCUGCAGGAUUUUCGGGAACUAUACUACCUUCGGUGACAGAAGGAGAGUUGUACUCGUGGUCAUAGUGAAUCUGAGAUCUGAAAUCAGUUAUUUAAUCAGAUCUGUCUCGUAAAAUGGGAAAACUUUUAAGCGUGCAGGCCUGCAUUAACUAAAUAUUUAACAGGAAGUAACUCGGCGCUUGCUGUACUGCCUUUAAUACAAUCCUAAAAAUGAAUACAUUUGGUUUUACAGUUGUCUAGCGUCACUGUAAAGACACAGAGACCACGAAACCACCAACAAAAUGUCAAAACAAAUGUGUGUAAAGCCUUAGUAGCCUUAGUAGCCUAUCUUUCCCACCAGCUGAGAAGACCAACCUGCCCCCCUUUGCUCAACUCACUGAUUCUGAAUCCUACUGUGUGCGUGUGGAUGUGUGUGUGUGUGUGCAGGUGUAUCUGUGUGUGUGUGUUACAGUAGCUCUGUCUUGGGAAUAUCCCCAGUUUAUCCCGACAGAUUAGGCCGCUUAAAUCUCAGUGUGAGGGCACGUUGUUUCCUUGACCACUAAAGUACACAAGCAGAGAGGUUACAGAUCUGCCGGACAGUUCUAUUAGAAAGGACCCAAACCUUAACAGACCCACUCCUCCCCGCUUCCCCUAUACGUUUUUUCCUCCAAACAGAGCAAAAGUAAACUGCAGAAGACUACCAAAGACCAGAAUCCCAUGCUUAUGCUGCCAAUUGCCAUCAAAAACAAGUGAAGAGAAACAGGUUAUCUAAACUAUCCCAGUCUGUUUUAAACAAAUACCCUAUAUAUCCACGAUUACAGGACCUUCUAACUAUCACACACUAUUUAUUAUGUGGUGUGUCAGUUUGGCUUGUGAGUGUGCCAUUCUAACAUAUGCAAAUUAAACCAAAACAUAAGGACCGCAUGCUUCAGAGUCUCAAAUACAGUCCCCCUUCCCCCCGCCCCACACACACAUACCACCAUGUGUAUCCAGGUCUGAAGAGCUUCUUUAAUCUGUAACAAGUUUUUAGACACAUGAUCCUAUAACUAAUAAUAGCACAACUCUUCUUUUUUUUCCGUGUCUCCAUAGUGCUGCCAAGUUCUAAAAACGAAAAAGACUUACUGUAUAAACUAACUAUAGCUAUUAGACAUAAACUCAAGAAAAACAUCAUAAAAAAUCUGCAUUGUUUGGUGUUGUAAUAUGGGGGUGUUUUGGGGAGUAGGGGGUCCUAUAUCCUCAGGUUUAAAGGUAUUAGCAAUUUACCAAAAUAUAUAUAUAUGAGGACAAAAACUAUACUAUAAACUGUAAAAAAAAUUGGGUUUUUGGCAAUAGUAAAUCACGAUAGGGUUACAAAUGUGGUCCUUUUAGCCAUCCUGCUGGAGUUAACCACACAGUGGACUGAAGUGAAAUAACACUACUGAUUGGGGUAGGACUUCUGUGUUAUCCAUAAAUCCUACUGUUGUGAGUGCUCGACCAAUUUGAUCACAAUAGUGAAAAUGAUGUGAGUGCUCUCUUUUUUUCUGUUGCUUUAUUGUCCGUAUGAAAAGAAGUGUGCAUAUAUUUUAACACCGUGGCACUUUUUCUUGUUGUGAUUCGUUCAUUUUUGGUGGGAUGGGAACAGGAUUCAGUGGAGAAUAUUGUCUUAUGUCAACCUCGGGAAUUGUUCAGGGAUCUCAACUUAGCGCUGCCUUCAAUGUCAUUUGGGGGGGGUGCAAGAUAUGUACAAUGUGUUUGGACCUUCUUCCAUGUUUGAAAUAUAGUUUGUUAGAUGGAAAGAAGCAGAAAGAAAGAGACCAACAGAAGUCCAACAAAGCGUCAUGUAAUAUGUACAGAGUGGGGAAUAUUCCCCAACGUUCGCCCCCCAAAUGACACGAAUGCAGCGAUAGGAGGGAACCUGAGUCUCUGAAUGUUCACUGGAUGGCUAUAAACAUACAAUAUUCUACUUCUUAUAUGUUAACAUGUUUUUUUUUUUUAACCAAAUAUUGUGUUUUUUUUUCUUUUGCAUCAAUUUAGUAAUAACUCCAGAUGUCACUGAAUUGUUUGUGUGUAAGCACUGAUGGGUAAUGGUAAAGGAAAAGGGAGGUUAAUGGGAUAAAAAACAAAAAAAAGUAUUUUUACCUUCAGUUGUCCAGAAUGCUUAGAAUGAUUCUACAGUUUACAUCAGAUUGACGUUUGUAUCUACAAGAUAUAUUUUUUGUUUAAAUCUGUUUAUUUUUGAGGAAAGAUUUUGAUUUCUCUUUGGGACUGGGUUUUUUCUGGGACGAAGGCCCAUAUUGCCCCUGGUUGUCUGGCCUUUACAGGAGGGACAGGACUGGAGGAUCAUGGGCAAUGUGCUCAGUUUUUAUUUAAUCUGUUUCUUUUUUCUUUCUGCUUUUAUUUAUUGAUAGAUUUAUUGUGCUGUCAUUUGGUAUGGGAUUAGAAACUAAGCAAGGUUGACUCGACGUAAAGGAGAGGAGACUGAAUGAAAAACUAAAGUACAUAAAAUAAUUGUAGUGUAAAUCUAUCAAUGUCUUAUUAUAUUGAUGAACAUCAUGAAAUAUAUGUAUAUUGGAAAAACAGUA